AUGAGUCGCACAUUGCCUGCGAGGCAGGCCGAAGAGCUGCACAAAUCUAUAAUCGCUUAUUUAUCUGCGAAUAAUCUACCUACGAGCGCCUCCGCCCUGCGUGGCGAGCUGUCGUUGGGCGAAGACGUGUACGAUGCCAAUACGGCGAAGAAAUAUGAGACGCUACUGGAGAAGAAAUGGACCAGUAUCGUGAGACUCCAGAAGAAGAUCAUGGAGCUUGAGACCCGAAAUGCUGAACUCCAGAGCGAAGUCGACAAUGCGACUCCCACAUCCCUCUCGAAACGAAACCAGGAUCCUGUGUCCUGGCUCCCCCGAAACCCCAGCCGACACACACUCGAAGGCCAUCGUGAUCCGGUAAAUUGUGUGGCCUUCCACCCCAAGUUCUCCUCCUUGGCGUCCGGCUCCGACGACUGUACAAUUAGAAUAUACGAUUGGGAACUUGGAGAAUGGGAACAGACUAUCAAGGCACACACUAGGGCUGUUCUUGACUUGGAUUAUGGCGGCCCCAAAAGCGCGCUGCUUCUGGCAUCUUGCAGCUCGGACCUCUCCAUCAAGAUUUGGGACCCUGCGGAUGGCUACAAGAAUAUCCGAACACUAUCUGGACAUGACCACAGUGUUAGCGCUGUGAGAUUUAUUCCAUCUGGCUCAACUGGCGCAUUCUCAACAGGAAACAUGUUGGUGAGUGCCAGUGGCGACAAGACACUCAAGAUCUGGGACACAACGACUGGCUUUUGCGUCAGAACGCUGCACGGCCACGUUGGAUGGGUUCGUGAUGUAUGCCCCUCGCUAGAUGGAAAUUAUUUGCUGUCUACGGGUGCCGAUCACACGGCAAGAUUAUGGGAGUUGUCGGUGGCCAACCCGGAAACAAAAGUGACUAUGCUUGGCCAUGAGCACGUAGUGCAGUGCUGUGCUUUUGCACCACCAGCUGCGUAUGAGUAUCUCGGAGCGCUAGCUGGCUUGAAGAAGCCUCCGCCUUUGACGAGCCCCGCUGAGUUUAUGGCCACCGGAUCGCGUGACAAGACGAUUCGACUCUGGGAUUCCCGCGGAACUUGCAUCAAGGUCUUGAUUGGCCAUGACAACUGGGUGAACGGCUUAGUGUUCCACCCCGGUGGAAAAUAUCUGCUGUCUGUUGCCGACGACAAGUCUCUGAGAUGCUGGGACUUGAGCCAGGAAGGAAAGUGCGUCAAGGUCAUCAGCGACUCACACGACCACUUUGUCAAGUGUCUACGAUGGGCACCAAGCCUCGCAAAGGAUGCACCAGCUGUCAAUGGCGGCGCUAUCACCCAAAAUGGCGAAGAUGGAGCAGUAAAGAAGGCAGACACCGCGGAAGAAAAGAUCCGUUGCGUUAUUGCCACUGCUAGUGUUGAUCAAAAGGUCAAGGUUUGGGCCAACUAG